AUGGCUCAGAAACCUAAACUCACCCUGUUCGUGGACAUAGUCAGUCCAUUCGCCUACAUGGCCUUCUACGUCCUCCAGCGCUCUCAGGCUUUCAAGCAAGUAGAAAUUACCUACAUCCCUAUUUUCCUAGGUGGUGUGAUGAAAGCCUGUGACAAUCGCCCUCCCAUCACCAUUACAAACAAAGCAGCCUACAUCGAAUCCGACCGCAAGCGCUGGUCCAAAUACGCGAAUAUCCCCAUGGGCAAGAACAUGCCCAAGGACUUUCCACCCAUGACUCUACACGUAAUGAGAACUCUGGCAGUGGUAGAGCAACACCAACCAGACAAACUUGCCGAUUGUAUUGCAGCACUGUAUAAAGGCAUGUGGGUGGACGGAAAGACAGUCCAUAAGCCUGAAGUCUUUGAGGCUGUACUUGCAGAGGUUUUGAGUAAAGAGGGUGCUAAAAAUGUUGUUGAACAGAGCACAAAGCCAGAGGCAAAGGCAAAGUUGACAGCUAACACCGACUUGGCUUUCAAGGAGGGCGCAUUCGGCUUACCGUGGUUUGUGGCCACCAACAAAGAGGGUGUGACGGAAAAGUACUGGGGCUUUGAUCAUUUGGGUAUGGUGGUGGAGCAUCUAGGAUUGGACAGGAGUGAGGCUAAGGAGUUGAGGGCGAUGUUGUAG